AGACUCACCUGGAACCCAGCUGCAUUUCUCGUUUGUGAUGUUCUCAGGCAACUGAAUGUGCUGCACCAGGCCGCCUCAUGUUUCAGGCGCUACGAUAUUCGAGAUACCGCGAUACAUGUAUAUCUUUGUAAUGCACUACUCAUAAGGUUGCUGGGCUGUCGACGGAUUUUCAGCAACCUUAUGAGUAUAUAUUAUUGUAUCGGUGACGAAACCCAAAACUGGAUAAAAAAAUCGUUCAGCUGUAACACCCUUCCGGUGCCUAGCUGCCAUUCCACCCGAAGGAAGCACGAGGGCUGGGAUACUGCCAGGUUGCCCAAGCCUAGACAGGAGAAAUCGAGAGGCAGAGGUCGGGUUCGAACCACGGACCUUCGGUUCAAAGGUGCACUGGUGCAGCUGAACGUUCGCUUCUCAGCUAACAGGACCGGGGACUGUGUGUACAAAAUUAAAUGCGACGACUGCACUAAGGUCCAUAUGGGACGGGCGGUCAGGACACUGCUCACCAAAAUCGCACAGCACACGCAGGCAAGAAACGCAGAUAAAUAUCGAGCGCUAUUGAAAGACUUAGCGAUGGCGGAACAGGUACUGGCACGGGACACAAAAGUUUGA